UAGUAUGGACUCCAUACCUGCGGGACGAGACUCUAGCUCCUCUCCAAGCUCUAAACAGGAACUUUCCUACCCGAGCACCAAGAACCUGAAGCCCAACCAGGUGGGGGAAACGGUGCUGUAUGGAAUACCCAUUGUGUCUUUGGUGAUAGACGGCAUGGAGAGACUUUGCCUUGCACAAAUAUCGAACACCUUGCUGAAGAAUUACAGCUACAACGAGAUCCAUAACCGGCGCGUGGCGCUUGGGAUCACCUGCGUACAAUGCACCCCUGUCCAGCUGGAGAUCCUUCGGAGAGCCGGGGCCAUGCCCAUCUCCUCCCGACGCUGCGGGAUGAUCACAAAGCGCGAGGCAGAGAGACUCUGUAAGUCAUUUCUUGGAGCUCAUGCACCUCCGAAACUUCCAGAGAAUUUUGCCUUUGACGUGUCCCACGAAUGCGCAUGGGGCAGUCGAGGCAACUUCAUCCCGGCCAGGUACAACAGCUCCAGGGCCAAGUGCAUCAAGUGUUCCUACUGCAACAUGUAUUUUUCUCCAAACAAAUUCAUUUUUCAUUCGCAUCGCACGCCAGAAUCCAAGUACACGCAGCCAGAUGCAGCUAACUUUAAUUCUUGGAGGCGGCAUCUGAAAUUGUCAGAUAAAGGCAGCUCCACUGAUAUUUUACACGCGUGGGAGGAUGUUAAGGCCAUGUUCAAUGGGGGCAGCCGGAAGAGGACGCUGCCAGGCAGUGGGUCAGGCUCCGGCUCUUCAUUAAAACCACAAGGACCCUGCCGUCCCAGAGAUUCAACCGAGAUCCCCGCAAAGAUCCUGAGCUGCGAGGACACCCGGGGCAGCAUGCCGAGCGCGCGCAGCUACCCGGUCAUCCCUGUGCCCAGCAAGGGCUUCGGGAUGCUGCAAAAGAUCCCUCCGCCGCUCUUCCCUCAUCCUUAUGGGUUUCCAGCGUUCGGCCUUUGCCAGAAGAAAGACGAUGGCUUGCUGGGAGAGCAGAGCAAAGCGGGUCUGCCGGGUGUGCUGUGGCCUGGUACCAAGGACAGCGCAUAUCACUCCUUCCCCGUGUUCUGGCCCGCGGCAGGCGCCCUGCCCAUUCCUCCUUACCCCCAGACCCAGCACAAACCCCCACCUGAGCUGCUGUGCCCCCCCAGACAGACUGAUAUGGACAUGUCCGAGCACAGCGACCGGAGCACCAACACCUCCAAGGACAGCAUGGUGGAGAACGAGCGCUGCUCCAGCACUCAGUCCACGCGGAAUGAAGACGACAAGUCCGGGGACGAGGCGAGGCCGCUGGAGGGGAUAGUGACCCUCGCGCCCCGGAAGGUCAGCUACGUUUCAGCGUUCAGGCCCGUGAUUAAAGACGCGGACUGUAUUGCUAAACUGUACGGAAACAGAAGCGCUUAUAUCGGCUCUCGCACUGGCUAUUUAUCCCCUGAUUUCUUAAGCGAGAGCUCGAGCUACCGGUCCAUGUCCCCGUGUGUGGACAGUGAAGGGGAGCCGGACGUGGACGUGGAGACGAACAAAACGGCAGAGGAGGACGACGAGGAGGACGAGGACUCCCGGUCUCUGUCCUCGGUGUGUCCGCGGACUCCUACCGGCCCGGCUCGCAGCGUUUCCCCAAACAUCUCCGAGUCCACGGCCCUGCGCGAGAGCACAGUAGUGGAGUCCCCAAAAAUGCACGUGCACGUGGGCCAGUCCUCCGACGGAGAGAUGCACAGCAAGCAGCUGACAGAGAGACACAUAGCUGCGACUUUCCCUGAAGUGUUCUCACCGGAGAGAGCUGAGCUGCAACAACGGAGCAGUCCUUAUCAGUUCAGACCUGCAAAUUACCACACUGGAGCACUUACAACACAUGAUGAGAGCUCGAGCAAAGAAGAGCCGUCUUCCACAGUGGAGGAGAUCGAAACCAAAUCUUAUAAUGAACAAAGCAGCGAGGAGAGCCAGCGAGAGCCGGAGGAGGAUGGCGAAGACGCGCCAGACAGAGCUCGGCCAGCACAAAGAGCCAUGGAAGGUAUUGCAAAAGCGGAACUACAGAAGCAGCUGUUGGAGCAAGUUGAGCUGAGGAAAAAGCUGGAGCGUGAAUUUCAGCACCUGAAAGAUAACUUUCAGGAUCAGAUGAAGAGAGAGCUCUCCUACAGGGAGGAGAUGGUUCAGCAGCUUCACAUCGUCAGAGCUCACGACGCUUUACACCAUUUCUCCUGUAAGAUGUUGACUCCUCGCCACUGCAGCGGAACCUGCUCUUUCAAAUCUCCUCUGCUCCCUCCCUGAACCACACCACAUGUAGACUAUAUGACAGAGAAACAAAAGACAGAUCUGCAGCAAACCUCCAGGGACACUGAAGAAUCGAAAGAAAACAAAAAUUGUAAUAUCUUGUAAUAUUUGAAGAUAUGUAUCUCCAACCUUCACGUUUAUGUAACCAUCUUGCAUCCAGUGAAAUUUGUUUUACUAUAAUAAUAGCCUACCAUUGACGAUAUUUAUUAUUUGUGGCAAAGUGCAAUGACAAUGUAUGUAUCCUGUGAUGUUUAAAACUUUAAAGGUUGUUAUUUGGGUUUUUUUGUUAUCAAGAAUAGCUUCUCUGAUUAGGAAAUUUGUUGCUCCUAUUCCUCACGGUAAUGUGUAUUAGCCUACUGCAUUUGCUGUGGUCGUCUUUGCAGGCCAGCAUCGCCAGUAUCGCUCACUUUGGACGUUAGGCACUUAACAAGUUAUGGGACUUCUCAGAAAAAAAAAAAACGUGUGUAGACCAACAUUAUAAUCAUUUGAAGCGGACAAAACCCUGUACCUUUUUAUUCCUGAAGACAGAUGUUAGUAGGCUAAACUACACCCAAGACUUUGUU